AUGCAGGCUGCAAUGUCAAUGUCGCCCAAUGCCGCGACUUUACUUACAAACAGACUUAUAGAAGGCCAUAUUGGUCAGGGAGUAGAUCUCCACUGGGCAAAUCAGACAAAGAUUCCGACGGAAGAAGAGUAUUUUACUAUGAUAGAUGGUAAAACCGGCGGCUUAUUCGUCCUCGUGGCCGAGUUAAUGCAUUCCGAAGCAACGGAGAACAAAGACCUCGAUGCCAAAGCCCUCAUGAAGAAUAUAGGCAGGUUCCUUCACGUCCGUGAUGAUUACCUCAAUCUCCGAGAUGCAGAUCCUGGGCAGUGUUCCAAGAAAUUUGGUUUGGCAGAAGAUCUCAACCAAGGCAGGAUCUCUCUGCCUCUUAUUCACGCCUUGUCACGGAGAGGCCAUCAUCGUGGCCGAUUGCUCAAUAUCCUGCAGCAACGCAAGCUUGGGAAUUUCCUUUCUCCUGAACUACAAAAGCUUGCAUCGGACGACAUUACAGCCGCUGGUGGGCUAGAGUAUACAAGAGGUGUCAUAUUGUGUUUACAGAAUACGUUGGAUGAAAGCCUGACACAUACUGAAGAAAAGGCAGGGAGUAACUGGAUUCUACGAUUGAUGAAGAAGCGGUUGGAGCUUUGA